AAUGCGCAGGCGCCGGCUACAAGCCCAACCGCAGAAGCCUCUCAGUAACCCCCAGAAGUCCCGCGUGUGGUCAUAUGGGGCUGGGGCCUGCCUGAGCUUCAGCAAACGUUCUAGGCCAGUGCGGCCCUAACGCGUGGGUCCACGGUGUCCAUAGUGUGCAGGCUCCCGGGGGUCCCCUUGGGGGGCUCCUCUGGGGAGACUACGUCUGCGGUCCGUUCAGCCCUUGCCUCCAGCGCAGGGGACGUGACGCCCCGUCUUACAGUCGCUGCUGUGGACCGAGUUCUUCUCGGGAUGUGAACAGAUAAGACCCCGGCGUGUCGUUCGUGCGCACGUUUGCAACUGGUGGAACCUCUUGAUUUACCUCUGUGGUCUGGAGACCUGGGGGCUUUCCGGGGGAAAAGCUGAGACCGCCGGGUUUUGUGGAGCGCGAGGGGACGCUGCGGAAAGAGCCGGGAGCCCCACGGAGGAAGGAGGCGGAGGGUGAUGAGCAUUGCGCGUCCACAAGGGACUCGUCCGCCGAGGACUUACCGGCAACGUGUUCAGAUAUGAAGACGCUUCAGACAUAAUCCCUGGCCUGGAGAAGCUUUCAGCCUAGUGGGGAAGCAGGAGCAGGUUGGGUCCACACCAUGUGCCCGAGAGAAGGUCCACGUGGAUGAGUGAAGCAGAAGAGGUUAAGAAGGCAGAUCUGUGAGAAGGAGCCUCACUCAUGAGGUGAUGUUUCCUGGCAAUGAGUAUAGCAGAAGCUUGAGAGAUACGAGUUGGAUUUUCUACUGCUACCUGUUUAAUGAAGGUCAGAACAUGGAUGUGAACAGUGGAUAAAGCAACACCAGUGACAACUGGCAACCUUGAUAAGACGUUUCAGUGGAGUGGUGACACCCGGAGCUGUGGAAAGCGAGACCGCGAUGUGGGGCCACUGACGUGUCUGAGGAGGAGAGUGAGCAGGCCAGAGCUGUGACUCCAGACAAAUACCUGGGCAGCCGCGUUCUCCAUAGCAUCGUGGGACAGAGAGAGAAUAAGAGAAAAGAUAGUUUCUAAGCUCAAGAAAUGAAGCACACUGCUCUUCUUCUCGGAUUUAUUACAUCUGCUGAGAAAGUCUUCACUGGCCUCCUUCUGGAACAGAGAUGCAGCGGAACCAAGGCUCAAGUAGUUAAAGAAGCCUUAGAUGACAUCCCUCCACAGAGAGAGGGACACGAAGAUUCAGAAACGAUAAACCGAGAGGUGAUGAGUCAACUCACAGAAGCCACAUAUAAGUGAAAUCAUAUGUAUCAUAUGUAUUUCUCCGUCAGACUUAAGAAAUCAGAUUUUUAUUGAAUUGAAACCCACAGCCAAACACAAGUUCCAUAAACUCAAAAUAGAGCCACCGCCUAGAGAGUUCCAAGACCACCCCUAGGAAGACCCCGGACUCGCCUGGUCCACCAGGUCUGCACCUGUUCGUAGGGCGGCUCGUCCUGAAGGAGGACUGAGGGCUGACUCAGCAGCGUCACAGAGGCGGGGCGAGACAGAGUAGACCCCCUAUUGAAGGGAAGGCCAGCCCCACGCCAGGAGCUGCCCCUGCAGGGGUGGGACUGAGGCUCCCGGUGCAGGUUCACCGGCCCUGGGGCAGAGAGAAAGCUGUGGUUUAAAGGAGCAAGUAGAAGCUAAAGGAAUCAGCCUGGAAGGAACGCUGCCGGAGGGAGCUGCUGGAAGUCUUCGGGGCCUGAGGGGCUGCAGUGGGCAAUGCUCACACACACCUGCACCUGGUUAGCGCUGCUCACACACACCUGCACCUGGUUAGCGCUGCUCACACACACCUGCGCCUGGCUAGAGCCGACUCAACAGGUCCGGGCGUCCUGGUCCUGCAGCCUCAGCGAGCCUGGGCCCCUCGCACACACCCUCCUCGUGAGCCCCCCGGGCGGCCCCAGGGCAGCACCCAGAGGGACACCCCAGGGCAGCGCUCGCUACAGCUCCAGUCCUCUCACCAAGGUGACACAGGUGCACAGCACCCCGGAACGUUCCAGGCCCGCACCACCUCGGCUCCAGACCCCCUCCCCCACCCCCCCGACCCCGGGGGAGGGCUUUCCCUGCACAGAAUGCUCCAGAACCUCUUGGCUCCUGCCUACCUUAGCUCCAGGGGAACCGUGCCCUCUCCUUAUUCAUUGAGACGUGUUCUGGACAGAACUGGAGAGAGAAUUUUCAAGAGCAAGAGAGCCUGAUUUGGGAGUGAAUCAUGAAGGAACAUUUGAUCAGAUUUCCAGCUUGGGGUGUCAGACUUUUUCAAGCAACUCUGGCAUGAGGAAAAAGGGAUGUAAGAGUCCCCUGACGGCAGCGCACCGGCCGACACUGAGGUGACCAGCGAUGUAUGUGCAAGACCAAUGUACGGCCAAGUGUAAGGUUACUCAGACCGUAGACUGCACAAGAAGACUCUCUCACAAUCCUUUUUCUUUUUCAUUUUAUACCUUGCCUGGGGCAAGGGUCUUAGCUUCUCUGAGCCCCACUUUUUGAAUAAUGAAACCUCCCUCACAAGGCUGUCGUGAGUAAUGACUGGUCUGAUUGCAGAUCCAAAGGGCAAGCCCUAAAAACAACUUCUGAAUAAAGAAGGCAAGUGGCUUCUCAGCAAGGCAAUGGGAAACAUGCGUAUCUUCUUCGACUGCCUUGGAGCUGCCCAGACUGUGGCCUUGACCUGAGCAUUGGCCACUUUACUCUUGCAAACCAUCAAAGAUGGAGAUAAGAUCUUCAGUAGAAAACCCAUCUGUGCAAGUGAACAGAAGAAUGAGAUCAUUCCCACUCUACAGUUAAAGGCAAACUUUUCCUGAAUUCUUAUAGAUACGGAAAAUGAUGCCCCCAAAGGGUGGUCUCUUCAUCCGAAACACAGAUCAGGAAUACACAGCCUUUCGAUUAGCAAUCUUUCUUCACAACACUAGCCCCAAUGCGUCCGAAGCUCCUUUUAAUCUGGUACCUCAUGUGGACAACAUCGAGACAGCCAACAGUUUUGCCGUGACAAAUGCUUUCUGUUCCCAGUAUUCUAGAGGAGUGUUCGCCAUUUUCGGACUCUACGAUAAGAGGUCGGUACACACCUUGACCUCGUUCUGCAGCGCCUUGCACAUCUCCCUCAUCACACCGAGUUUCCCCACGGAGGGGGAGAGCCAGUUUGUGCUGCAGCUCAGACCGUCCUUGCGGGGCGCGCUCCUGAGUCUGCUGGACCACUACGAAUGGAACUGUUUCGUCUUCCUGUACGACACGGACAGGGGAUACUCAAUACUUCAAGCUAUUAUGGAAAAAGCAGGACAAAAUGGUUGGCAUGUCAGCGCUAUAUGUGUGGAAAAUUUUAAUGAUGUCAGCUAUAGGCAACUUCUAGAAGAACUUGAUAGACGACAAGAGAAGAAAUUUGUAAUAGACUGUGAGAUAGAGAGACUUCAAAACAUAUUAGAACAGAUUGUGAGUGUUGGGAAGCAUGUUAAGGGUUACCACUACAUCAUUGCAAACUUGGGAUUCAAGGAUAUUUCUCUGGAGAGAUUUAUCCAUGGUGGAGCCAAUGUUACAGGAUUCCAGCUGGUUGAUUUUAAUACACCUAUGGUAACCAAACUAAUGGAUCGCUGGAAGAAACUAGACCAGAGAGAGUAUCCAGGAUCUGAGACUCCUCCAAAGUAUACGUCUGCUCUGACUUAUGAUGGAGUCCUUGUGAUGGCUGAAACUUUCCGAAAUCUUAGGAGGCAGAAAAUUGAUAUUUCAAGGAGAGGAAAUGCUGGGGAUUGUCUGGCAAAUCCUGCUGCUCCAUGGGGCCAGGGAAUUGACAUGGAGAGGACACUCAAACAGGUUCGAAUUCAAGGACUGACAGGAAAUGUUCAGUUUGACCACUAUGGACGUAGGGUCAAUUACACAAUGGAUGUGUUUGAGCUGAAGAGCACAGGGCCUAGAAAGGUUGGCUACUGGAAUGAUAUGGAUAAAUUAGUCUUGAUUCAGGACGUGCCCACUCUUGGCAAUGACACAGCAGCUAUUGAGAACAGAACAGUGGUUGUAACCACAAUUAUGGAAUCCCCAUAUGUUAUGUACAAGAAAAAUCACGAAAUGUUUGAAGGAAAUGACAAGUAUGAAGGAUACUGUGUAGAUUUGGCAUCUGAAAUUGCAAAACAUAUUGGUAUCAAGUAUAAAAUUGCCAUUGUCCCUGAUGGAAAAUAUGGAGCGAGGGACGCAGACACAAAAAUCUGGAAUGGGAUGGUAGGAGAACUUGUUUAUGGGAAAGCAGAGAUUGCUAUCGCCCCUCUGACAAUCACUUUGGUCCGAGAGGAGGUCAUUGACUUCUCUAAGCCCUUCAUGAGUUUGGGCAUAUCUAUCAUGAUCAAAAAGCCUCAGAAAUCCAAACCAGGAGUGUUUUCCUUCUUGGAUCCUCUGGCCUAUGAGAUUUGGAUGUGCAUAGUCUUUGCCUACAUUGGUGUCAGCGUGGUCUUAUUCCUAGUUAGCAGGUUCAGUCCGUACGAGUGGCACACAGAAGAGCCGGAGGAUGGAAAGGAAGGACCCAGCGACCAGCCUCCCAAUGAGUUUGGCAUCUUUAACAGCCUCUGGUUUUCCCUGGGUGCCUUCAUGCAGCAAGGAUGUGACAUUUCACCCAGAUCCCUCUCAGGUCGGAUUGUUGGAGGUGUCUGGUGGUUCUUCACGCUCAUCAUUAUAUCAUCUUAUACCGCUAACCUCGCUGCUUUCCUGACGGUAGAACGAAUGGUCUCCCCCAUAGAAAGUGCGGAAGACCUGGCCAAACAAACAGAAAUUGCCUAUGGAACAUUGGAUUCAGGGUCAACAAAAGAAUUCUUCAGAAGAUCAAAAAUAGCAGUGUACGAAAAGAUGUGGACCUACAUGCGAUCGGCAGAGCCGUCCGUGUUCACGAGGACUACAGCUGAGGGAGUGGCUCGUGUCCGCAAAUCCAAGGGCAAAUUUGCGUUCCUCCUGGAGUCCACUAUGAACGAGUACAUUGAGCAGCGAAAGCCGUGUGACACGAUGAAAGUGGGAGGAAAUCUGGAUUCGAAAGGCUAUGGAGUAGCAACGCCCAAGGGUUCCUCAUUAAGAACUCCUGUAAACCUUGCCGUUUUGAAACUCAGUGAGGCAGGCGUCUUAGACAAGCUGAAAAACAGAUGGUGGUACGAUAAAGGUGAAUGUGGAGCCAAGGACUCGGGAAGCAAGGACAAGACGAGCGCCUUGAGCCUGAGCAACGUCGCAGGCGUUUUCUACAUUCUGGUCGGCGGCUUGGGCUUGGCGAUGCUGGUGGCUUUGAUAGAGUUCUGUUACAAGUCCAGGGCAGAAGCGAAGAGAAUGAAGCUGACCUUUUCUGAAGCCAUAAGAAACAAAGCCAGAUUAUCCAUCACUGGGAGCGUGGGUGAGAACGGCCGCGUUUUGACGCCCGACUGCCCCAAGGCGGUACACACGGGAACUACGAUUAGACAGAGUUCGGGAUUGGCUGUCAUUGCAUCGGACCUACCAUGAAAACCAAAAACAUAAUUGAGUGCCUUAAUCAAACUGUGCUGGUGACGGACGGGAGCGCAGCCCGCGCACUGAGCAGGGGCCGCGGACCAGGCCUCCGGGCCAGAGCGGGCGGCGCGUCCCGAUGCUCCCGCCGGUCCAGCAGCAACGCGUGCAUGAGCUCAGCUCGGAAACCCAAACUCAGAUUUUAUAUCAGGAAAACUCACAAUUUAGGUUUUCUCGGGGAGUGGGGU